UUUAUGUUGACAGAGGGCGCUAAUAUUAAGAAAUGAGAAACUGCCAAAAUUGUUGAAAUUUACACCAUUUGGGUUAUUCAGCCUCAAAUUACUUAAUAAAAACAAGUAGAAGCAUGAUAAAAUGGCGGUGAAAAUUCAAAAUGGACUUACUCAAAUGAUUAUUAUAGCGUUGUCAAAAAGAUACGACUUCUUAAAAACCUUGAAUGGGUUUGCAUAAAUUCUUUUGAAACACCUGUUCAGAUUUAAAGAAAUAUGUUGGAGGAAGAAGAAAGACAGGAGGAUGACACCUCUGUCAGAGUUGCUCUCAGGAUACGUCCGCAGCUUGCUAGAGAGCGAAUUGACAUGUGUCAGAUCUGUACUGCGGUCAUGCAGUCAGAAAAGCAAGUAAUGCUAGGAAAAGACAAGGCCUUCACCUUUGAUUAUGUGUACGACAUUCCAGUUGUUCAGGAAUUCAUCUAUAAAGAUUGUGUUGAAAAACUAAUUGAAGGUGGUAUGUUGUAUAAUGAAGAAAUAUUAGAUCUGUUAGAUACAACAAGAGACCCUGAAAGUAGGGGUCGUAAAAGUAAUGCAAAGAUCCAUGAGGAUGCCUCAGGAGGAAUAUAUGUAGUUGGAACUACCACAAGACUAGUCUAUUCAUUACAGGAGACAAUGCAAUGUCUUCAAGUUGGUGCGUUGUCAAGGGCAACAGCCAGCACAAACAUGAACGCAACUUCAUCCAGAUCUCAUGCUAUUUUUACCUUACAUAUAAAACAACACAGGGUAGUCAAAGAGGAGCAAGUGGCUGUUGAGCACAAGGACGGGGAAGGAGAUGUUAAGAUGGAACAGAGUAAUGACAGUCUGAGUGAGUUUGAGACAUUGACGGCAAAGUUCCACUUUGUCGACCUUGCAGGCUCAGAAAGAUUAAAAAGAACUGGUGCUACUGGGGACAGAGCCAAAGAAGGAAUUUCUAUAAAUUGUGGACUGGUUUCUUUAGGUAAUGUCUCAGCUUUAAGGUGCAAGAUGAAAAAAGGAUCUCAGGGUCCUUAUAGGACUCUAAACUCAAAAUUUUACUAAAAAGAUUCUCUGGGAAAGGGAAAACAGGGGUUUUAAAUGAUCGCGUGUGUUUCACCCUCGGAUCGAGACUUUAUGGAAACUUUAAAUACAUUGAAAUAUGCAAAUCGUGCUAGAAAUAUAAAGAACAAAGUGAUAGCCAAUCAAGAUAAGGCCAGUAAACAGUUAGCUAUAUUACGACAAGAGAUUAUGUUACUUCAACAAGAAUUAAUGGAUUAUAAAACGGGUAAGAGAGUAGUGGAUAGUGAAGGAGUAGAAACUACCAGUGAUGUCUUUCAUGAAAAUAACAUGCUUCAAACAGAAAAUGAUAAACUUAGAACCAGAAUCAAAGCACUGAAUGAAACAGUAGAUCAACUGACUGUAAGAAACUCGGAACUGUUGGCUGAUCAAGCAGUUAUUGCCCUUGGUAAUGCAGCUGGUGAUGCUACUAAUGAAGAGGUUGUUAACUUAAUCAAAGGAUAUGUGAAGGAACUUGAGGAGUUAAGAACAAAACUAGCUGAAUCAGAGUUAAUGAUAGAAAGGUUAAAACGAUCACGACCCAUGUCGGUAUCUCGAUUGUCCAUGAAUCCCAUGUUGUCCCCGGUACAUUCAAGUAUGAGCCAGAGUAUGGAGUCACCGAUGUCGCCCGAUAAUCAUAUUACUAGUAUUAUUGAGGAGGCGAAACGUGACGUGAAAAAAUUAAAGAAGAGGAAGAAAGCUGCUGAACGCCAUGAUAGUGAUAAAGAGAACGAGCAUCAUUCCGAUGAAGAGAAGGCCACUACAGAGACAGUUGAAGGUGAAGUCGUGGAGAAAGAUAGAUCUGAAAAAUCAGAGAAAGAUGAUUCUGAAAAUGUUGAUGUUAAUGGAAAUCUAGAUCUGGAUAAAGAUGAUACUGCGGAGAGUUCUGAUGAUGAUGACGAGGAACUUGAAGCAUUGAGCAGUUCCAGCUCGGGCUCUGAUUCCGACGGGAAAGAUUCCGACAACAUACAUGAAGAUUUAGCGGAGUUAACAUGUGAGAUCUCUAUCAAACAGAGGCUUAUAGAGGAGAUAGAGCAGUCACAGAAACGAAUGAAUUCCAUGAAAGUACAAUACGAAGAGAAAGUUGAGCUGUUAAUAAAUAAGAUCAGGGAGACCGAGUCUGAGAGGGAUAAAGUACUUGCAGGAUUAAGCAAAGUUGAUACAAGCAAAAGUGAUCAAACAAAGAAAGUAAAGGAGCAGUAUGAACGAAAGUUAAAUGAUAUGCAGAAUGAGUUAAAGAAGUUGAAUGCUGCUAAGAAAGAACAAGCUAAGCUGGAGAAGAACCAAUCUCAUCUAGAGAGACAACUGAAAACAUUACGAUAUGAAAUCGGUGAAAUGAAGAAAACCAAGGUGAAGUUAAUGAAACAGAUGAAGGAGGAUGCAGAGAAAUCAAAACAGUUUGAACUGAGGAAGAACAAGGAGAUGGCACUACUAAGGAAGGAACAGAUCAAAAAAGAGGGAAUAAUAAGAACACUAGAAAACCAAAAGAGGCAAAAAGAUAUGGUGCUAAAACGAAAAACCGAAGAGGUUGAAGUGUUAAGAAAGAAGAAUAGACCAAUGUCUUCCAGGACUGCAGGCAGAGUAGCUAACUAUAAUAAACCAACCAGUGUACCUGCAGGUCCUAUGUAUACAUCGUCCCCGAUGCGUAGAAGGAGAAGAGAAACUUUUUCUGCCAAAGUUGCCAAUAAAAAAUGGAUGGCUUUAGAGAAAAAUGUCAAUGCUGUGAUAAAUAAGAAACAGACUAUAUCAAAUAUAGAGAAAGAUAUGGAUGUCUGGUUAAAGCAUAGAGAAAAACUGGGAAAGAAGUUAGAAAAGUGCCAAAAGAAGAAGGAAACAAUGAUUGCUUUAGGCAAUCCGGAAACUGAAAUUAAAGAAGUAACAGAUGUUAUAGAUUCUUUAAAGAACCAGGUAGAAUUUGCCCAAGAUAAUAUAACAGAGUGCCAAACCAAUAUUGUACAAGUAGAGGAGGCAAAGGAAGAAGCAGAGAAAUUUGAUCCUAUGAAUCUUGUAAAUACAGUCAGUAUAGAGGAGGCUAAAUAUCUUCUAGAACAUUUUAUUAAUAUGUCCAUAUCUAAGGGUCUAGCACUAUCAGCGAAGGACUCUGAAGUACGUGAGUUAAUGGCUAAGUUACACCAGACAGAGUUAAACAAUACAUUACAACAAGAUCUGUUAAAACACAUGAUGGCUGAUAGGGUAGAUAUAGAGGUGGAUAAUCUGAUGACCAAUCAGGUGGAUGAUAUGGACAGUUCCACAAGCUCGUCUUCCAGUUCCCCGGUUGAUAGCAUGUUUGAGAGUCGUGUGGAACAAGCGGCACAACCUCCACAGAAAUCUACUCUGAUGUCCUCCUCGAGCUGGGAAGCAGCCUUAAAGAAAGAUAAGGAGUUGCAAAGACUUAUUCCGCGAGAAUUAGAGCGGUUUUAUCGAAGGUCGUACCCGGUUAGUCCAACAUUCAGGCGGACAUCCAAGUUUGUGAGAUGUUCCAUGCAGUGGUAUAGACAGGCUCGUAGGCGCACCCCCACCAGACCUGAUGAAUUAUUGUAUGCUGGUAAUGAGGAGGCGGGACCAAUGUUGAACACAGUACCGGAAACACCAGAUGAGAACACGGCUACUGUAACGAAAAUACCACCUGUGAUGUCAAUGAGUGCACCACCAACUACCACUGUUACCAGUACUGAAGGAACGUUGAUGCCGCCACCAAAACUCUUACCUCCGCGACAAACUAGCUCUUCCAGAUUAUCAACUGUAUCACCGAGUAUGAGGAGAAAAGAUUACUCAAAGCCAAGCCCGUCCCCAUCUCCAGUACUGAGAAGGAAGAAUAGCUUCACCAUACUGUCAAGGUCUAGUUCUAUGGACAAUGCAACAUCUUCCGAUACGACCCCACCGUCUUCCCCUCAGCCUACCCGUCGGUCAGAGAGACCCAGUGAUACAAAUGUCUUCUCCAGACUGACCAGUAGUACUGCGGGAAUAUCUGAUAAUAACAGUAAAAGAGGAUAUGUUGUACCAGCUAGUGCCAGGAUAAACACCAAACAAACAGGUCCACUUACAUGUACACAUACCGCUGAAGGUCAUUCUAAAGCUGUUCUAUCUGUUACAGCAACAGAAGAUUUGUUAUUUACCAGUAGUAAAGAUCGUACGGGUCGAUGUUGGGAUUUGACAGAGGGAAGAGAGAUCGUAACAUUUAGCCGUCAUCUGAAUAAUGUUAAUGUGAUAAAAUAUAGUCCUGAACAGCGCCUUGUAUUUACUGUGUCACAAUCGUAUAUCUGUGUGUGGGACGUGAGACAAUUUACCAGAAACUGUAUCAAAACUUUAAGUUCAUCUGGGUUAACACAAGAAGAGCAGGUAACUAGUGAGACACGUCAGAUUGAUCUACCUAGCGGGGAACAUCAUAUAAAUGAUAUAGCUCUAAAUAAUAGUGGUCUUCUGCUCUACAGUGCUUCCGGCAACGUUGUCAGAGUCUGGGAUCUGAGAAGGUUUGCAGCUGUUGGCAAGUUAAGUGGAGGUCACCAGGCGGCUAUUAUGACUAUGGGUGUUGACAAACAAGAUCAAAAUGAUAUUGUUGUGACAGGCUCAAAAGAUCAUUAUAUCAAAGUAUUUGAAGUGAUGUCAGAAGGUGCUGGUGUUUUAACCCCCAAGUAUAAUCUAGAACCACCACAUUAUGAUGGUAUACAGUCAUUAGCCAUCCAGGGUAACACAUUGUUCAGUGGUUCAAGAGAUACAUGUAUCAAGAAAUGGGAUCUCAGUUCUCAUAGUUUAGUACAGUCUGUCAAUGCAGCUCAUAGAGACUGGAUUUGUGCCAUGGAUUUUAUGAAAGGGACCAACACGUUGCUGAGCGGGUGUCGGGCCGGCUACCUCAAACUGUGGAAUGUAGACACUUGUGCACAAAUUGCUGAAAUCAAAGCCCACACAAGUCCAAUAAAUGCCAUAGCAACUAACUCUUCUGCCAUAUUUACUGCCUCAAAUGAUAACACAGUUAGAAUAUGGAGGCAAAAGACCGGUUCCCAGGAAUUACCAACCGAAGGAAGUGAUGGUACCAGCUAACAGACAAUUUCCAACAACAAUUUUAUUUUGAAAAUACUUCGCAUGGGCAUUUUAUCAAGUGUGGCUAGUAGUGUGAUAUUUAAAAAAUGUUGUAUCAAAAUAGGUUGUUGUUGUUGUUUUAGUGCGCCAUUUAAGCAAAGCUUUAGUCAACUGACCAUCUCUAUGUUGAUCUGUUGUUGUUAUUUUAACUUAUUCUUUAAACUUUCUCUGUAGAAUUCAGUAAGAUUUUUAUAAAGGACAUGUAACAAAUAUGACUUUUAUGUUUGACAUUAGUUUUGGGCUUCUUUUUCUUCUUCUUCUUUUUACAGUCAUCUUACAUGAACAUGAUGAUUGAAGUAUGACAUCAUAAUAGGCUAGCCUGUGUAUCAGUGCAGUCAGAACAGGCGUUAUUUUUAAAGUUGAUCUAUUUAAAUUAAUUUGAUAAUUGCCUAAUAACUCAAAAUGGACAGUCCCAAAAUUUGAAACAGAAUAUGUCCAUUACUCAAAUUCAGCUCAGUUACCAGUAAAUAUAAAAUUAUAUAUAAUUAAUAUAUAUUAUAUAAAAUAUACAUAAUUUUUCAUUAAAUUAUCAUAUUUUUGUUAAAUUUUACACAAUACCAUGGAUAAAGAUGGUGGUCAGUGGAUUUAUGACAGCCAUGUCAACACAGCAUCUAAAAGUCGAAACUUAAAUGCAUUGUCAUAAUUUUUUCCUAAAUGAAACAAUAGUUGCAAUAUUUUUUGUAAGACUGAUGUUUUUACUUCAUUUUGAAAAAUCCUUCGUUUUGUCUACAAGUUGUUUUUUUUUUUUCAUACUUUUCAUGAUAUCUGUUAAUAAAAAUGUUAAAUUUCUACAAAUUACUGUUACUGUUACUACAUGUAUACAGUAUAAUUAUGUAAAAAAAUCAUAAACCGGUAAAUCGGUUAUCUUUUAGCAUGUAAUUGUUCACCAUGGAAUAUCAGUGAGUCUCUCAGAAUCUUCCAACUGAAAUUAGCUUGAAGUUCAUCAGAUUAGAAUUUUUCCACUUUAUUUUUCUGUUUUGGUUUCUCGUUACCUUGGAAACAAAAUGACUGUCACAUUAUACAAUAUCCUCUUUUCAUUUCAAAUUGUUCUCAAUUUCAUUUGUUUUGCAAAAACAAAAUAAAUUGCUUGGUACAAAAAAAAGAAGGAGAAAUAAUUAUCAAAAACAUUUAUCUAGACAUUGAUUACUCUCCCAGUCUUCCAGAUUUAUUUUAAAGCAGCACGCCUCCAGAUUCAUGAUAAAUUUCAUAAAAAUAUUGAAAAUGUAUUUAAAUAUGAAAUAUUAUGGAGGAAACAAAGACAUUGCAAACAGCUCUUACAAUCCACAAAAUUAAUAUUUCCAAAAUAAGGAAAAAGCCCUAACUGCAUUUAAGUCACUUAGUACAAAUAUGAUGAUAUAUAUGGCAAAAUCAGUCAUUAAUUGCACAUAAUAUGAUGGUAUACAAUCAUGUAUAUGGCAAAAUCAGUCUUUAAUCGCACAUAACAUGUAAAUUAUUACUUGAAUCUUGAAUAUUUCUUAAAAUCUAAGUGAAUUUUCUCAAGUGAGAUUUUCUUGAUAUAUUUUGGCUCAUUUUGAGGCAUGCAGCUUUAUUAUUGUAAAAAAAUGUAAAAAGCUUUUCAUCUUCUACUGGAACCAAAAAUAAUUUUCCUUUUUGACAAGUUCCGACCCAGACCAGCCUACACAAAGUCUGACUUAGCUUUAAAAUCCCUACUGAUUGACUUUUUCAUCUGGAU